AUGGACAUUAGACGCCGCCUUCGCUCCUCCUCCGCAGCUCUUGAGACAAAUGGCGAGAGAUACACUCCCAGUUUCCAUCGGACCUAUCUCCCAUCCACAGCACUGACCUCUUCCUCCACCCUGGGCGCAACAUCCGACUAUGUCGACAUAGCCAGGCAGUUUUGGGACGGCCUCGAACAAACUCCGACUGCCACUAUUAAACCGCCAAACUUGCGAGAAAAUUGGUCUCUUAGAAGGUUCUGGGAUGAGUAUGUGGCAGUGGAGAUGGAUUUUGGCUACAAUGUUCGUGAGCACAUCACGAAUGAGGAAACAUUCAUCAGUUGGUUCGACUUUGGAUUUGGCAUGGCAGGCUUUGGCAUGGUCGUGCUGCAAUUUGGCGUUCUGGACGGUCGGCUCCUCGGUUCGACGAAUGCUGCGCAGGUAGCGAAAGCAAUGGCGUGCACCAGCUUUGUUAUUGCCAUCCUCAGCGUGGUCGUUGGUGCAUAUCGCUUCUUUCGCCAGCAAGACGCACUCUUCCAUGGGCAGGUCUGUCUUGGGGGCCUGUCCAUGUUCUCUUUUGUGCUCUUAUUCAGUGUGGUAUUGGUGGUCAGCGCUGUCAUCAAUUGGAUAGGUAUGAUUUAA